GGCAAGACCAGGAGCACCCAUCACACGGUCAGGUUCACUGGAGACGAGAUGCCGAAGUAUAAGCCUAUUGUUAGCGACUCCACGGACUCACCCAACUAUGUGAGCUCACAAUCAUACCCUGGGCAGGACUCUGGAGCUCCCAGUCCAGAGGCCUUCAGUUUCCAGCCAGCUGCCCAGAGAUAUCGGCAUAAUGAACAACGAAUCAAACUAUUGACUUCGAUCAACCAGAUUGUGCAACAGCGGGCUGAUCUAGAAGCGAAUCGGGUCACUCUUUCAAAUCUUCUGGAUGAAUUAAGAAGAAAGUUGAAGAGAAGAAUCGAUGAAUGCCAUUUGGAGAAGAAAGAACGAAUGAAAGCUCUAAAACAGGCUAACCAAAGGCUUGAGAAGGAGAAAUUUAGCAUAGUAUCUGAGAUUGAACACCUAAAGCGACAUUUGGAGAAGGAGGAGGCUCAUCAUCUGCAGCAUGCUAGGAGUGCUGUCGCUCAGGCAAUUCAAGGGAUGGUGACGAAAUGUCCGGUCUCAGAUAGCAUGUUCACCCAGUGUUCAGUUGCAGAUUUACCAAAUGUGGUCAGUAGGAGUGUUGCUAAAAAUGCACCGUCUAGAAAUGCUGAUAACAAAUUGGCUGCUGCUCGUCUGAUGAGGGACAUCGCUGAAUUGAGACAACGAGUCGCUCAAGUUGAGGCACGACUUGCUAACGAACUAAAGCGUAAAAGGCAAGCUGAACUGGACAUCAUACGUCUUCGGAAGGAGUUGUCAAGCACCAAGAGUUUCGUGGCCUCUCUGAGGAUGCCACCGCCACCACUUCGGAAGCAAUGCUCAAAAUUCGCGUAGAUUUUAACCCUCUUCACACUAGUCCCAAAAAUAUGUACUUAACUUGUUUACAAAUACAUAAAAUAGUGAAUUAAUAAAGAUGU